AUGGCCUCACCGGGGACGACGACACCGGCCGCCGCCUCCUCGGCGAGAGACAGCUCAUCACGGCAAGCACUCGCCGCCACCGGCCCGCCGGCGGCGGCCUCAGGCAGGUCGUCGGUGAUUGAGUCGUUGAAGGGCUGUACCCUGGCGGGUGUACGGAUCCCCAAGGAGGAGCUCCGGAGGAAGGUUACUAUCCCGGAAUACAUUAGGCUGGCCAUGAAAGAAGCUAUUUUGGCUAAAGAUGUCAAUGCUCCUUCCACUAAGGUUCAUUUCGACGCCGCUCAUGCUGCCGGAGCUGAGCCGGCCGACCCGCCGGAGGGACCGCUCGUCGUGUUUAUUAAUUCCAAGAGUGGUGGCCGUCACGGGCCGGAGCUCAAGGGCCGGCUGCAAGUUCUAAUGGGUGAAGAACAGGUUUACGACCUUUCCGAAGUGAGGCCUCAUGAGUUUGUUCAGUAUGGCUUGGGAUGCCUGGAGAAGUUUUCUGAUCUUGGGGAUACCUGUGCCAAGACAAUCCGGGAGAAGUUGAGAGUAGUGGUAGCUGGUGGUGACGGAACAGUAGGGUGGGUGCUUGGCUGUCUAGGUGAGCUGUAUAGAGAGUCCCGGGAGCCGGUUCCUGCCACCGCUAUAAUUCCCCUUGGUACGGGGAAUGAUCUCUCAAGGAGUUUUGGUUGGGGGGGUUCAUUUCCUUUUAACUGGAAAUCAGCCAUUAAGCGAACCCUUGACAGGGUUUCAAAUGCUCCAACUUGCCAUCUCGAUAGUUGGCGCCUUGUUCUUUCAAUGCCUGCUGGUGAACCGUUGCAGACACCGUAUUCUUUGAAGCAGUGUGAAGAGAUAUCUCUUGACGAGGGUUUGGAAAUUGAAGGGGAGCAGCCUGAGAAGAUGUCUUGUUAUCAGGGGGUGUUCUAUAAUUACUUUAGCAUAGGAAUGGAUGCGCAGGUUGCAUAUGGCUUUCAUCAUUUGCGCAAUGAAAAGCCUUAUCUUGCACAAGGUCCUAUUUCAAACAAGUUGAUAUACUCUGGAUAUAGUUGCAAGCAAGGAUGGUUCUUUACCCCAUGCAGUAGUGAUCCUAGUUUGAGAGGACUGAAGAACAUUUUGAGAAUACACAUUAAAAAGGUCAAUUGCUCGGACUGGGAGCAAAUUUCAAUUCCUGCAAGUGUUAGGUCUGUAGUUGCUUUAAAUCUUCCUAGCUAUGGAAGUGGCAGAAAUCCGUGGGGAAAUUUGAAGCCAGACUAUUUGGAAAAGAAAGGUUUUGUGGAAGCUCAUGCCGACGAUGGUCUGCUAGAAAUUUUUGGCCUGAAACAUGGAUGGCAUGCUUCAAUGGUUAUGGCUGAGCUCAUCUCUGCCAAACAUAUAGCUCAGGCGUCGUCAAUUCGCUUUGAGCUCAGGGGAGGAGAGUGGAAGGAAGCCUACAUGCAGAUGGAUGGUGAGCCAUGGAAACAGCCAAUUAACAAGGACUUCUCGACGUUUGUUGAAAUUAAGAGAGUACCUUCUCAAUCAGUUAUGGUUUAUGGAGACUAA